AUGCAGCGCCUCGCCCUCUUGUUCGUGUGUCUGCUCGGCUCUGCCGUGGCCUUGCCGGCCCGCACCAGGCUCUGGAGCAGGGGCAACAGCCGCAUCAUCGGAGGAAGCAACGCCAACAUCGCCAACUACCCGUGGCAGCUGUCCUUCCAGUAUGGCGGUUCGCACAUCUGCGGAGCCUCCAUCAUCAGCUCCACGUGGGCGCUGACGGCCGCUCACUGUGUGGACGGCAUGAGCCUCCUGCUGAUGACUUUCAGAGCCGGAUCGUCUAUUCGUGGAAGCGGUGGCACCGUCCUGAGGGCCUCCUCUGGCUACAUGCACGCAUCGUACGACAGCGACACGGUGGACUACGACGUUGCCGUCGUUCAGGUGUCUGGAUCCCUGCUCGGUACGAACGCCCAGGCCGUCAGCCUCCCAUCCGACGGCUACGACCCCGCCGGAGGCCUGGCCGUGACCGUCACUGGCUGGGGAUCCACGUACACAAACGGCCCGGCCCCGAGCAACCUGCAGAAGCUGGACAUCAGCAUCGUGGCGCGCUCCACCUGCCAGAGCAUCUUCGCCAACGUGAACACCGUGACGGCCCGCAUGGUGUGCGCCGGCAGCGCAGGCCAGAGCGUGUGCAGCGGAGACUCGGGCGGCCCCCUGGUCAGCGGCAGCACGCAGGUGGGCAUCGUCUCCUGGGGGGUCAGCCCCUGCGAGGCCAGCCCUGGCGUCUACGCCAACGUCGGAAACCUGCGCUCCUGGAUCCGCUCUGCAGCAGGCGUCUAA